AGUAGGUAAAAUAAAAAGAAGGGGAAAAAGAAUAAUACUCUAAAAUUAUCUAAAAUCAUUUGAAGAAUGGGGAGAGGAAAAGUUGAAUUGAAGAGAAUAGAGAAUCAAACAAAUAGGCAAGUUACCUUCUCCAAGAGAAGAAAUGGUUUACUUAAAAAAGCUUAUGAACUCUCUAUUCUAUGUGAUGCUGAAGUUGCCCUUCUCCUUUUCUCUCCUUCUGGCAAAGCUUAUCAUUUCGCGAGCCACGACAUCGAAAGGACUAUUUUAAGGUACAAGAAUGAAGUUGGAUUGUCCAAAAAUAGUGAUCAAGGCCCCAGAGCUAUGGAGGUUUGGAGAACUAAGAUUGAUGACAUGACAAGAACAAUACAUGAACUUGAAGCUAGAGAUAAGCAUUUUGCUGGAGAAGAGUUAUCAAAUCUUGGUAUGAAAGAAUUGAAGCAGUUGGAGCGUCAACUCAGAGUUGGAGUUGAACGCAUUCGAUCUAAAAAGAGGCGUAUCAUUUCCGAACAUAUUCAUUGGCUUAAGAGAAGGCAUAAAAUCCUUCAUGAGGAGAACAUCCAUCUUCAAAAGCAAGUAAAAUUAUAUGAAGUAGAAGGGAGCUCAAGGAUUCUCGAUACAAAUCCAAGUGAGUUACUUUCUAAGGGAUGAGGAUUAUAUGAUUUACAGAGCUUCAAUUGCUACCUUAAGUGGACGUAUACGUAGCAUAUAUUAUAAAUAGUGUGUAUGAUAUAUUUAAGGAUGAUAAUUUUUUUUGUGUUGUUUGAAUAUAUUUAUUGACUAUCUAGAAUUUUCAUUCCAAGUUAAUGUUAGGUAAAAGAAAAAUAUGAAGUUACUAUGUUAAUAUUAUAAUUUGAAAUAUGAAUUUUAUGCUCAA